UAAUAAUGUGGCUAGGCAAACAAAACCGAAAUAGAGAUAUGCCGGGGAAUAGUAUUUAAUGAGCGAGUUACGACUGCAAGCGUGAACGUAAGUGACAGGAUUUUUCCAUAGUUAUAAAUCCCUCACUCAACUUUCUUGUGUUUGAAACAUUUAUCGAGCUUGGAUAAAAUUAUAGCAUACGCGGAUAGUCAUGAAUUGUAAACGUAGAAAUGGCUUGAUCCUGUUGCAUGUAUUCCUGACGUUUUCAGUCCUAGGUAUACAUGCAGCAAGCAGUAUGGGGGAAGUGACGACUCAAUCAACUGAAGAAUGUGGAUUGGAACCGAACUUUUUAUGCCACGCACACAUUUACCUGUACUACAACGAUUCGCUUCUAUGGAAUGACACAUCUUGGAUUUGCAACUAUGGAUAUGCGAAUAUGUCAGUUCGUCCCAUUCCCGACUGCUGCCUUGACACCUACGGUCCAACAAGUGCCGGGUUCAAUAUCACCGACGGAAUGACUGAAGAGGUCACCUGCUCGAUACCGCAGAUAAACCUACCCAGACACAACACUGAUUCUAUGACAUUCACAUCGCCUUAUGGCACACACGUUUUUCCUCGCGUUCCUCAUUAUGACGUAAGCAACAACUCCAACUCGACCAACGCAAGCAUCAAUGACGUCACAUAUUUCAUCUAUGAUAAUUUCGUGAUUGGUCCGGGAGCUGACAAUUCGUUUUUCAACGCGAAUGAGGACCACAUGAAGGCAACCCUGCCGCACGUUGUUCAACUCUUAUACGCCUAUUUUUCGAUGGAGACGACCCAAACCUUAUUUGUGACGGCAUGGGAUUUGAAAGUAGUGGAUAAAGUCAACAUCUCAGACUAUUCUAAUGGUUGUCUUCUCAAUUCUUCUGACACCGUUGCAGAAAAUCUAUGGAGCACCGAAACAGGUUACAGAGGAAACCGAUCCCAAUCAGGUUGUAUGACAUAUACAGGGCUUCCACCGAGCAACAUCCUCAACGAUAGCGCCAUUUUGCUAUCAUUCGGUUACAAUAUCACCUCGACGUUUGGCUCAGAAGAUCAACCUAUUAUGUCAGUAGGCGAUCACAUAAUAAUAUGUCUACCCGAUGAUGACAACACUUUAUCGCAGUUCGGACUUCCAGUCAACUUAUCAUGCAAUGCUUCUUCAUUUGAAUCUGAUAAUUGGACAGUAACGUUUAAGGCAAGCGGAGCGGGAGAGGUCCAGAUAAACAACGUACAGCUACUCAUUCUCAACGAUGGAAAAGAACCAAUCCUUCCUUUCACCACAGUUUCUCCAAAUUACAAUGCAGAUUCAAAUAAGGUUGUGAUAUCGGUGACGGUGGUACUCUCAAUCACGUUUAUUAUCGCUUUGAUAAUGGGAGCCCUGUGGUUCAAAAAGAGGUACCUCGAUAUUAAUCGACAGCCGCGGAGCCCGAAUUCAAGCGAACCAACCUCGACCUAUACCGAGGGAUCUCACGACUCUGUCGAGUUCGGGUACCUCAACUCCACUAUGCACGAAGGCAAUUGGGACGACCAGAACUCUGAUUUAAUGAUACUGGGCGAAUAAAUAAAGUGUCGGUUUGGAGCCAAAAAGGCACUAACUCAUAAACUUUAACACAAAGUUAAUGCCCU